AUGGCCUGUUACAAGAAAUUCAUGCUAUUUCCUCUCUUGCUUCUCACCCUGUCGUCCACAACUGGCGAUGGAGUUGGAGUCCUUGCUUCCCGUCACCUUUUUGAUGCAGGCUUGCGGCUUGCCCAAGAUUCCCGAGCUUCCCAAAGCCUGAGCUACCUCCCGUUCCCACGACCCCGAGUUUGCCCGAGCCGGAGUUACCGUCACUGCCAAAACCUGAAGUCCCCGACCUUACUGAAGCCCGAGUCGCCUCCACUGCCGAAGCCCGAGGUCCCCAAGGCGCCUGAAAUACCAGUUGUUCCUGAGUUGCCGAAGCCCGCCUUGCCUACCAAUCCCUGA